AUGGGUUUUGAAGGUUUGAAUGGUAAUUUUGUGGCGGCGGAGAGGAAUUCUUCGUCGGAGGUUCGGAGUGAUCACAUGAGUUUUUUCUCCAUUGAACAAGAUCCUAUUUCCAACGAACUAGCUGCAUUUGGCAAGGUAUGCAAGGAGAGCGAUUUAGUUGACGUUUUGCUACGAGUGAAGGAAAGUGGGGAACUCAAUAUUCCAAUCAACGAUGACAACAUCAAAGCUAUUGUAUAUGAUAUAUUCUCUGGAGGCACGGAAACUUCAUCAACGACUAUCGAUUGGACCAUGGCCGAACUUAUGAAGAACCCGCGAGUGUUUUGGUUUGGUGAUGUGGACGGCGAGAGGGAACAUGUUGUGGAGGUGACAUUGUCUCCACCGAGGGAUGAACAGGUGGGGAAGAAGGAAUUGAGGCUGGCGUGUUUUGUGAGGAAGGAGAAUCUGGAGUAG